AAGCGAUCUCCAGCUCAAGUGCAAGAUGCUGGACCUGUUGACGUACAAGAUCUAUGGGGCUCCAGCCUACAUGGUGGUGCCCUUCGUGAUUCUGGUGGUAGUGUAUGUAGUGCUGGUAGUGCGCUUCAUCAUGCACAUGCGCGGACUCAACGUGAGCUUCACGGGUAAGAAGAAGAAGAUGGCGCUACUGCUGGGACCGCGCAACGCCGGCAAGACGAGCUUCUUCCACCUCAUCCGCGACGGCGAACACGUGGACACCGUGAGCUCCAUGAAGGACCAAACCUUCCGCUUCAUGGUGCACCCCAAGUACAACCCGGACAAGUUCGACGCAGAGCUCACAGUCGUCGACUACCCCGGUCACGAACGUCUCCGCUCACGUGUGGCGGAAUUUUUCCCUGUUACGGGAUGCAUUGCCUUCUUCGUGGAUGCCAGCGACGUGCCGUCAUUUCGCAAGGCUGCAGAGUUCCUGUACGAUAUCUUUGCAAACAAGAAGGUGAACGACCAGACGCCCCCGAUUAUGGUGGUGUGCAACAAGAGUGAGGCUUCUGGAGCUGCCAGUCCGCAGGCUGUGCGUGACGCGCUGGAGAAGGAAUUGACGCAGCUGAAGACCACACGCUCGUCAUUGGAGACGGAGGGAGACGACGACGAACAGGAUUUAUCUCAAGUGCCUGUCGGACGGGACGGAGCUUCGUUCGAGUUUGAUGUGGACUCGCCGUGCGAGAUCUCGUUCGUCAAGUGCAGCGUCAAGGACGCCGACAUUCACGACGUGGUGCGCUUCAUCCAGCAGCAUUAGGCUGAUAUGCUACGUAGGCAUCAAGACAGAGACUAUAGCUAAUGCACAGCGUCUAGUGGUGUUAGUGUGUGGUGUUAUUGUUGCUCCACUCAGUGUUUGGAGUCUAUUGACCCAAGUUCGCGAUACUGU